AUGAACAUCUUGUAUGUCGACUGGGUCUUCCUCACUCGCUUCUGCUUCCUCUCGGACUAUGGGCGCCUCGACUUCCAGUUCCGCUAUCCAGAGGCGAAAUGUUGCCAGAACAUCCUUCUCUAUUUUGAUGACCCUUCGCAAUGGCCGGCCGUCUACAAGAAGGGCAAUAAGGAUUGUCUGAUGAAGGAGUCGGUCAUCCGCCCAGAGAACAACCAGGUGAUCAACCUGACCACGCAGUACGCCUGGUCCGGCUGCAAACUUUUGAUGGAGAAUUCAGAGCGGUACCUGAGUUGUGCCAGCGGUCGCAGUUUCCGCUCCGUCCGUGAACGGUGGUGGUACGUGGCCCUCAGCAAGUGUGGGGGCGAUGGUUUGGAGCUGGAUUACGAGAUGAUCCUGACCAACGGGAAAUCCUUCUGGACCCGGCACUUCUCCGCCGAUGAGUUCGGGAUCCUGGAGACGGACAUAACCUUCCUGCUCAUCUUCAUCCUGAUCCUCAUCAUUUCCUGCUACUUUGGAUAUUUGUUGAAAGGGAGGCAACUGCUGCAUACGACAUACAAGAUGUUCAUGAUGGCGGCUGGAGUGGAAGUUCUCAGCCUGAUGUUCUUCUGCAUCUACUGGGGCCAGUAUGCCAGCGAUGGGGUCGGGAACGGAAGCCUCAAAAUCCUGGCCAAGCUCCUCUUCUCGGUCAGUUUCCUGAUCUUCCUCCUGAUGCUCAUCCUGCUGGGAAAAGGAUUCACGGUCACCAGGGGCCGCAUCAGCCACACCGGCUCGGUCAAGCUGUCCGUCUACAUGACCCUCUACACCAUCACCCACGUUGUGCUCUUCAUCUACGAGGCCGAGUUCUUUGACCAGGCGCAGGUGCUCUACACCUACGAGUCCCCCGCCGGGUACGGCCUGAUCGCCCUCCAGUUUGUGGCCUACAUCUGGUUCUGCUACGCCAUCCUCAUCACCCUCAAGCAGUUCCCCGAGAAGCAGCCCUUCUACGUCCCCUUCUUCGCCGCCUACACUUUGUGGUUCUUUGCCGUCCCGGUCACGGCGCUCAUUGCCAACUUUGGGAUCCCCAAAUGGGCCCGGGAGAAGAUCGUCAACGGGAUCCAGCUGGGGAUCCACUUCUAUGCGCACGCCGUCUUCCUGAUCAUGACGCGCCCUUCGGCGGCCAACAAGAACUUCCCGUACCACGUCCGGACCUCCCAGAUCGGGAUCGUGGAGGAGGCGUCGGCCUCGUCGUGCUCCUCCUCGGCCCCAGGGGCCAAGUUCCCGCACCACGUCUACGGCAACGUCACCUUCAUCAGCGACUCCGUCCCCAACUUCACCGAGCUCUUCUCCAUCCCACAGAGCACCACCGGCACCAACGGCGGCACCCACCCCCGCAAGCAGACGGAGGAGACCUCAUCGGCGGACCCGGCCCUGACGUCCGGCUGCGUGGUGACCACGACGACGACGGCGCUGAUGGAGCCCCCGUGGGCCCCCAAGGGGCUGAAGGGCCCCCCGCCCAUCCUGCCGGAGCCCCUCCCCCCACCCCCCUACCAGCUCCAGGCCCCCCCGACCCACCCUCACCCCCACCCCCACAACGGGGGAGGGGGCUUCACCGAGUAUUUCAGCAUGCACACCAACGGGGGCAACGCCCGGCCCGUCUAGGUGGCCUCCGGGGUGCCCACCACCCGUCUUGCCAAAACCCCUUCCUACUACUACGUUCCGCACCAGAGGGCUAUUUCUCUCCCCGGCCAUGGCUUUUGAGUAGAGACACGCAGCAGGCGUCCCCCAAAGUUUACUAUUGGGGUCAAACUGGUCCUCUUCCUCUGCAGUUCCCUUUUCGUUGGAGUGCAAAACACAAAAAUCCCCAAAGUUUGCACUAGAAACAGACUGGUCCUCCUCCCCUUUUUAGUCAAAAAUACAGACAACCCCAAGGUGUCCUUGGUGGCCAAACUGGCCCUCCUUUCCCCCCAAAUCUCUUCCCUUUUGAGUAGGAAAUGCAGACACCCCAAGGUUUCCUUUUGGGGCCAAACUGAUCCUCCUUGUCCCCCUCUCCAUCUUCCUUUUGAGUGCAAAAGACAGACGACCCCAAAGUUUGCACCACAAUACGACUGGUACUCUCUCUUUCUGUCUCCUGUUUCCUUUGUAGUAGUAAACGCAGACAACCCCAAGGUUUCUUUUGGGGUCAAAUGGAUCCUCCUCUCCCCCAAAUCCCUCCUUUUCCUUCGAGUAAGAAAUGCCGACAACCCCAAGGUUUCCGAUUGGGGUCAGACUGGUCCUCCUCCUUCUCUCCAUUUCCCUUUUUAGUGCAAAACACAGACAACCCUAAGGUUUCUUUUGGGGUCAAAUGGGUCCUCCUCUCCCCCAAAUCCCUCCUUUUCCUUCGAGUAAGAAAUGCCGACAACCCCAAGGUUUCCGAUUGGGGUCAAACUGGUCCUUCUCUCCGUCUCUGUUUCCCUUUUCAGUGCAAAACACAGACAACCCUAAGAUUUUAUUUAGGGUCAAACUGGCCCCCUUUCCCCCCU